AUGGGUAAAUUAUCUUUGUUGUUUUGUUUUUGCAUUUUUGUUGCUUUUGAAUUUUCCAAUGCCUCUCCUCCUGAUCUCUCCAAUGGAAAGGCUAGCUUUUAUGAACUAAAGAAGGGAAAUAUGUCCUUGAAGUUCACCAAUGUGGGUGCAUCUCUUAUGUCCUUUAUGUUUCCUGAUAAAACCGGAAAGCCAAUUGAUAUUGUUCUGGGUUACGAUACACCUGAGGAGUAUGAAAAAGAUACAACAUAUUUUGGAGCUAUUGUGGGUCGGGUUGCCAAUCGAAUUGGAGGUGCUCAAUUUAAGUUGAAUGAAAAAGUAGUUAAACUAGCUGCCAAUGAAGGCAAAAAUAUGCUUAAUGGUGGCGCUAAGGGAUUCUCCAAAGUUAUCUGGAAAGUUAUCAAGCAUAAAAAUGAAGGCGAAGCGCCUUUUAUUAUUUUUACCUAUCGUAGUCCUGACGGUGAAGAAGGAUUUCCCGGUGCACUUCGUGUGAGUAUAGUAUACACACUUCUAGCAACUAAUCAAUUGAAGGUGAUAAUGAAAGCUAAGAGUCUUGAUAAUAAGCCAACUCCGGUGAAUCUAGCUCAACAUACUUAUUGGAACUUGGGUGGUCAUGACAGUGGAGAUAUCUUAACCCACCAAGCUCAAAUUUUCGGACAAUUUUACACAGCAUUGGAUAAUGAUAUGAUUCCAACCGGCCAAAUUCUGUAUGCUAGAGGAACUGCCUAUGAUUUUACUGAGCCAGAACUUAAACCUCUUGGAAAAAGGAUCGACUUGCUUCCUAAAGGUUACGACAUAAAUUAUGUACUCGACACUUUUGAGGUGAGCAAGAUGAGGAAGGUGGCAACUUUACAGGAGGCAAAAUCAGGAAUUAGAGUGGAUCUAUCAACAAAUGCACCUGGAAUGCAAUUCUACAGUGGAGAUUUGCUUAAGGAUGAGAAGGGGAAAGGUGGAGUUGUGUACAAAUCUCGUGCAGGUGUAUGUAUGGAGACUCAAUGGUAUCCUGAUUUUGUUAAUCAGCCAAGUUUCCCUCAGUCCAUUGUGGAGAAAGGAAAGAUGUACAGGCAUAACAUGUUAUACGAGUUUUCAAAUAUUUAG